AUAAACUAAAUAAUUGUUUAUGGGCUUUUUGUGCUUUAUAUGGACAGGACAGUAAAGAUCAGACAGAAAAGCAUUAGGUGGAGAGAAGGGAGCAGGAUCGGCAAAGGGCGUUGAGACACGAAUCAAACUCGGGUUGUGCAUGAAGGCAGGUGUGCCAUAUGUUGGCACAGUAAACACAUUUAUGAGUCCUUCAGUUAAUUAUUAUCAUUUGUGGUAUUAUUAUCUUAUGAAAUGGCCAGCUUUGCCCCCCCUCCUAACCACCUGAGCUCCGCCUGCUUCUUGUUCAUUUUGGGAAACUGUUUCAGCAGUUACUCUGACAUCUUACUUGCAUCGGCUCAUCUCAGAAGAGUGAACUGAACUAAGAGUGUGGUAAACCAACUGAAGAGAAGAUUUAUUUUCCGGUCAGUUUCAGAUUCAGAAGCAAGAAUGUCUCAAACUGUCGUACCCAUGAACUCUUCGAUGCUUGUCAUCCAAUUUCAACCACCAACACAAACAACAGCAGCUGGAACUGGGACAAAUGCUCCUGUGCCUGUUUAUGUACAACAGCCAGUCGGAGUUUCACCUUUUCAUAGAAUUCAGGCAUUUCUGAAAGGCCAACCAAAAGCCCUUGGGACUGUCCAGAUAAUGAUUGGUCUGUUGACUCUCCUGUUGGGAAUUGUGUCUACAGUUCAUGCAGCAUCCAUCUUUGUCUUUAGUGGUAUUCCUUACUGGGGAUCUCUCAUCUACAUUAUCGCAGGCUCACUCUCCAUUGCUGCAGAAAACAAACUGAUUUCACCCUCCAGUUUGUGUUUGGUGAAAGGUUCACUUGGAAUGAACAUUUUCAGUACUUUAAUUGCAGGCACUUCCUUUAUCAUAAUUUCACUGGAUUUUGCUAUAGGGCCAUCGCCUUACUGCGACUAUUAUUAUGAUUGUUAUGAUGAUGAUGGAAAGUAUGAGACUCUCUUCUUUGGAAUCAGUAGUGUAUUACUGAUAUUCGCCUUCCUUGAGCUUAUCAUCUCCAUCUAUCUGUCAGCAUUUGCCUGUAAAGUCACCUGCUGCUGUUCUCCACAGGUUCCGUUUGUUCCACAAGUUAUAACUCAACAGCACUGUUGUUUUGGGCACAAUCACUUCCAUGAUCUUAACAAUUCCCAGAUAUCUGUGGUCAGCAACCCUUCAAUGCAUCACCUUCCUGCUGAAGUUCCUCCACAAUACACUGAAUUUAAAGAAUGAAUAUUAAAACAGAGUUGAGGUGGGACACAUGAGUUUCCCAAUGAUUU